CCGAUCAUGGGUGACUGGAGCUUUCUGGGCAAUAUUUUAGAGGAAGUGAAUGAGCACUCAACGGUGAUCGGCCGGGUGUGGCUCACGGUCCUCUUCAUCUUCCGCAUCCUCAUCCUGGGUACGGCGGCAGAGUUUGUGUGGGGCGACGAGCAGUCAGACUACGUUUGCAACACGCAGCAGCCCGGUUGCGAGAAUGUGUGUUACGACGAGGCGUUCCCCAUCUCCCACAUCCGCCUGUGGGUUCUGCAGAUCAUCUUUGUGUCCACGCCAUCUCUGGUGUACGUAGGCCAUGCAGUGCACCACGUCCACAUGGAGGAGAAACGCAAGGAGCGCGAGGAGGCCGAGCUGAGUCGCCAACAGGAGCUGAGUGAGGAGCGGCUGCCACUAGCGCCUGACCAGGGCAGCGUGCGCACCACCAAGGAGACCAGCACCAAGGGCAGCAAGAAGUUCAGGCUGGAGGGCACCCUGCUGAGGACCUACAUCUGCCACAUCAUCUUCAAGACGCUGUUCGAAGUGGGUUUCGUAGUGGGCCAGUACUUUCUGUACGGCUUCCGCAUCCUGCCGCUGUACAAGUGCAGCCGCUGGCCCUGCCCCAACACCGUAGACUGCUUCGUGUCCCGGCCAACAGAGAAGACAGUCUUCAUCAUUUUCAUGUUGGCCGUGGCUUGCGUCUCGCUCUUCCUCAACUUUGUGGAGAUCAGCCAUCUGGGCUUGAAGAAGAUCCGCUUCGUCUUCUGGAAGCCAACCCCGGGGCAAGCCCAGGGUGAAGGCCUGAGCCCCAUGCCCCCCCCAGGGGGGAUCCUCAAGAGCCUGCCUCCCCUGGCCGUGCCUUCCAUCCAGAGGGCCAAAGGCUACAGGCUGCUGGAGGAGGAGAAAGCACCGUCUGUGACCCACCUCUAUCCUCUGGCAGAGACGUGCAUGGAGGCAGGGAGGUUAACCCCCCUGACCCCACCCUUCCAGUGCAUGGAGGAGAAGGCGGAAGAACUGAGGCACACGGAGGACAUUUCUAAGGUGUACAAUGAGACCCUGCCCUCCUAUGCCCAGACCACCGAGAUAGGGGAGGACACACUACCACUACACCAAGAGGAGGAGCAGGAGCAGCAGGAGGUGGUGGAGGACAAAGAAGAGGAGGAAGUAGUGGAGGAGGUGGUGGAGCAGGAUGUGGCGGUGGUGGUGGACGGGGAAGGGGGACCUCCAACCGAGGCGGAGAUGGAGGUGACGGAUAUGAUAGAAGACACCAGACCACUGAGCAGAUUGAGCAAAGCCAGCAGCAGGGCCAGGUCAGACGAUCUCACCGUAUGAACCUGUGAGAGAAAACACACACGCACACCGAACACAGGAGAACAUACACCUAACUCUAGACAACACACACUUAAAACAGCAGGGCUUAACCAAGGGAAACACAUGUAAAUCCAACAGGGAUAGAUUCAAUAACAAGUUACACAUUACCCUUAUGACGUGGACAACAUUCAACAAGGCAAAGGAAGAUCUGAGCUUGUUUGUGAGAUAAGUGAAUAUUAUAAAAAGUAGUGGGUAACAAGAGGAGGGAUAGAUUUGUUUUCAUUAAGCGUGUUCUUAUGUAAAAAUGUAGAAAGGGCAAACAUGCAGAAAGGGGAAAAUAUUUUUACUUUAACAAUAACCAAUGAAAGUUCACUAAUGUUUACAUAUUCUGGUGGGGUUGAAUGGGUAGGGGAAGAGAUUGAGCAUAUAUUCCUGUCUGCAAGGCAGUAACAUUACUGUAGGCAGGCAAGCACUUUCAUUCCCAUACAGUCGG